AUGGUCCCGAAUCCAAGUCUACUUCUCAACAGCGGCCAUAAAAUUCCGCAACUCGGCUUCGGAACUUUCGAUGCUCCCAAAGAAGUCGUGACUGAAGCAGUUGAAGUUGCGAUCAGUGCUGGGUUUCGACAUAUUGACUGUGCCAUGAUCUAUGGCAACGAAAAGGAAGUUGGUGCUGCGAUUACGACAUCCAUAAAGAGGCACAACCUUAGACGAGAAGACAUUUUCCCUUUCUGUGACAAACACGCACCCAAAGAUGUCCGCGCAGCGUGCGAACUUUCGGUCGAAAAUUUUGGUCUGCAGUAUUUGGAUUUGUACUUGAUACACUUUCCUGCGACGUUCAAAAUCAAGGAGGGUGUUUCAUUUAACAUCGACGAUCCGAAUUCUGUCGUGUUUGAGUAUCACAAAAUUGAAGAUACCUGGAAUGCCAUGGAAGAAUUGGUGUCUGCUGGACUUGUCAAAUCGAUUGGGGUGUCUAACUUCAACAAACGACAAAUUGAACGCAUUUUAGCAUCAUGCACAAUUCCUCCAGCAGUGAAUCAGGUUGAAGUCAAUAUCCAUUGGCUCAACACGAAGCUGAUUGAAUUUUGUCACUCAAAGAACAUUCUGGUCGAGGGCUAUUCGCCACUUGGCUGCCCUGGUAUCACAGAGUAUAUCCACGAGGAGAAUGUUAUCGAGAUCGCUCGCAAGCAUAAGAAGACACCUGCACAGGUGCUGUUGCGCCACGGCCUCCAGAGGGGCAUCGUUGUCCUCGUCAAAAGUGUUACUUUUGAACGCAUCAAGUCGAAUUUUGAUGUGUUUAAUUUUGAGCUGACUAAUGAGGAAAUGGAAGUACUCAACAAGACUGGUCCAAAUAAACGUAUUUUUACGAUCUCAGCAUGGUUUACUGCUGCUGCUGCCGCUUCAGUUGCUAAUAGCAAGUGUGCAAUGAAUGAAACUGAAGUGGUUGGCGAGGGUGGACGUCAACUACAUUCCCUCUGUUGGGCGUAUACACUGCUUCUCCUAUCUGCGGCGUGA